AUGUUAAGUGGGAUUGUCACCGCUGAGGAGAUAAAAAGAGACUUGUUUAGCAUUAAUGAUGACAAGGCUCCAAGGCCUGAUGGCUUUGGAAGUGCCUUCUAUAAGAAAGUUAUGGAAUUUUUCAAUACUGGAAGAAUGUUGAAGCAAGCAAAUUCUACCAGUAGAAGAUUGAGUUGUGUCUUGGACAGAAUUAUAUCUAAAAGCCAAUCUGCAUUCAUCCCUGGUAGAAGCAUUGCAGAUAAUAUAUUACUGGCACAUGAGCUAGUUAGAAACUAUCACAGGCAAAAAGGUGAAUCUUGUGCUAUGAAGGUGGACCUCCAGAAGGCUUAUGAUACUGUAGAGUGGGAUUUCAUUGAGGAAGUUAUGAUGGGGUUGAACAUUGACAAUAAGUUUAUCAACCUAGUCAUGACCUGCAUUAGAAGUGCUAUGUUCUCAGUUCAAGUCAAUGGUGAGAGUUGUGGAUAA